AUGGUGGGUGUUCCAGGCAAGUAUAAGGGCUGCGAGACUUGCCGAAGGAGGAGAGUUAAGUGCAGUAAUGAGAGGCCAUACUGCCAAAAAUGUAUAUCGAGCGGCAGGCAAUGUGAAGGGUACGAGAGAGAACGUGUCUUCAUCACCGGAACACUCGAGAACAAGGGUAGGGUCGCCUCGCACCCCAAAAAGGGAUCUUCGUCCAAAAAAACGAAGGCCUCGGCAGGCGAGAGUUCCUCCAGGCUCAAUCUGACACCGCUUCCUCCUCUCGCUUCGGCCUGGGAUGACCACACACUUGUGUCGAACCAAGGCGUCGAGUAUUCGGUCCUUAUCUCCGCAUUACACACUGGGCCUCCAACCGUCUUACGGGACAGUUCAGGUCAAUAUGACUCUGCAGGAUUCCACAUCAUGUUUCCCCCAUACACCCCUUUGGAGCUGCAGCAGUCCCUGAGUCAAAGAGACUUUCAUGUUAGAGCGCAAUGCCUGGCGCGUCUGCCUGGCGUCGACGAACCAGAUGACUCGGCAGAGAGCUAUUGCAUCUUCUUCUUUGAGCACGACUCACCACACGCAUUUAGCGAGUCUGGACCACAUCAGAUGUGGAAUAUGGGUCCAGCUUACUUCAGUCAUUUCCCCAACCACCACUACUUUGUUCGAGUGUAUCGACCCUUGGCUACUGGUUUCGCUCUCUUGAAUCGGCAAGACACAUUUGUGUCGGCUCCAGACUGGAAAACCAUCCCGUGGCAGGGGCAUCCGAAAUGUUCUUUGGACCAACUGUUGGACCUCAUUCUCUUCAUGCCCACGAUAUUUGAACAGACGGACCAGGUUGUGCCAUUAGAGGCUACCCUCAGUCGACGUUAUCGCGCUCAGCAACUUCUUCAGGACUGUCUCUCACUUGAGGGACACUUCAGUGCUUGGCUCCAGUUUGCCGUCCGACCCACUGAAGGAUAUCCUGCGCCCUACUGGGAAGAGGAGUUGACGAGCCCCGGUGGCUUUAUUCCAUUUUCCAACUCCUAUUCCUUCAGGGAUGGAAACACGGGCCUGACUUUCCUGUACUAUUGGAUGGCACAGAUCCUGCUUCACCAAUGUAUUGAGAGCCUGCAUAGAGCCAUCUGUCAGCCCGUCAUCGACGCGUACCCCAACAUGUGGCCCGACUUGCCACCUGACCUUCAAAUCGACAUAUCGCGGUACCAGCAUGGCCGUGUGUUUGCUGCCGAUAUUUGCCGUGGGCUUGACUCGGUACUCGACAACACGGUGCAGCCGGAUAUGCUAAUAACACCAAUGACGGUAGCAAUGGAUUUGUACAGAGAAAUCAAUGCAACCUCGCAGGACGGCCUGAUGGAGAUAAUGUGGCUGGACAACUUUCGCUCGAGGCUGGUGGAAAAGGGACAGCAUGUUGCUGGUGUCCUGCAGAGACAAAGAUGGGCCGAAGUUGCGAGCUUUUGA